AUGUCGGUUCCUCUACUCGACGAUUCGUUGGCAACAAACGUGUCGACAAACGUGUCGACAAACGAGGUUUUUGCCUUGUGCAGGAAGGCGGGCCUUAAGGUAUCCGAGGAGUUCGCUGAGGCAUGUCGUCCGGUGAUCGCCUCGCUUGAUGGAUGUGCCAAAAUCAUCAUGGCACGAGACGACCAUUUCCCCGGGCCUGAUGAGACUAGGUAUCCACGCAAGGACAUCCAGAUCGCCAUAGACCCCAGCAUUGAUGGAGGUGGGUGGGCUACAAAAGUAACUGUGAAAUCGACCCAGCCGGAAAACGACAUGCUGCAAGGCCGGACACUUGCGUUGAAGGACAACAUCGCGCUAGCCGGGGUAAGGUGUACAAAUGGAACAGAUCUGGCUGGUUGGAUCCCUGAAUUCGACGCGACCGUCGUAAAACGAAUCUUGGAUUGCGGAGGCACGAUUCUCGGAAAAGCAGCCUGUGAGAGUGGCUGCUGGAGCACCGUCAGCGACACUUCCAUCACUGGUCCAGUGAGAAACUUAUAUCAUGCCAAAUAUAGCUGCGGAGGCUCGAGCAGUGGAAGCGCGAGGUUGGUCGCCGCUGGAACUGUCGAUAUGGCCCUAGGAGGGGAUCAAGGAGGCUCAAUUCGUAUUCCUGCGUCGUCUUGUGGCAUCGUCGGACUAAAACCAACGUGGGGUCUCGUCCCUUAUACAGGCAUUCUCGGGGUAUGGGCGGUCAUUGACCAUGUUGGUCCCAUGGCCAGAACAGUUCUAGAUUGUGCUCUACUCCUAGAAGCCAUUGCAGGACCGGACGGAAUCGACGACCGUCAACCUCAUGUCAGCUGGUUUCGCUCCGUUCCAUACUCGAAGGAUGUUCGCCAGCAUCUGGAGACCGCGGGUCCAAGGCCUCUAGACGGCAUCAAGGUUGGUGUCCUGGAAGAAGGGUUCCAACACCCUCGACAAGACGCCCAUGUGGCGAGAAAAGUACGCCAAAGUAUCGAUAAGCUCGAGGAACUCGGCGCUGAGAUUCAUUCCUGUUAUAUACCAGAGCACCGUGACACAGAGCUGGCAUGGAUGUGCGCCCUGCCAGCUUUCGCCCUCACUCAGGGACUGGUUCUCAAUUCAAGCGGUCGCAAAGAGCUUGCCAUGACCGGGCCAGCCGCCCUAGGCAACGGCGGGCUGAGUCAGUCAUCUUUUGAUGCCCUCAAUACUGCAGGGCAGAAUCUCUACCUAAGAGGACUUUUCCUUCGAGAAACGUAUGGCGCUGCUCUAGUUUCUCGAUGCACGAACUUGUUGCGGAAAUUGAGCGACGACUAUGACGCGGCAUUGAGACACUUCGAUGUCCUGGUCAUGCCCACCACUCCUCUGCCACCGUGUAGGAUAUUCAGAUCGAGAAGCGAAGGAAGCAUUUUCGAAAGGCUCAAGCGUACGACCGGCAUCACCGCAAAUACUGCGCCCUUCAAUGCUUCUGGUCACCCUGCUCUCAGCAUACCUGUUGGUUUCUCGCCAGCUCUGGAUGACCCCUCCAUCCGUCUGCCGGUGGGCUUGCAGCUUGUUGGAAGAAAAUUUGAGGAUGCCCUUCUCCUAAAGGUUGCCGCAUCUUGGGCAGAGCGUUACGAUUGGAAAGUUCAAUAA